AUAAAUCCUCUGCAUUUUCAUAACAGAAACUAACUCUUUUAGUCUUAAGUCUUAACUGUACAGAAGGGAAGUUCGAAGCUUGGGAACAAAAACUCAGACUUUAACACAACACAAAACACAGAGAUUAAACCAUGAACAGGAAGCUUUCCACGCUCCUCAAGAUCCUUCUUUUUCUCUUUGCCCUCAAUUCAAUCUCCCUCUACUUCUACUUCUACUUCUCCUCUCACUCCGCCGCUCCCCACCUCCCAGAGACCCAGCAAAACCCGUUAAACACGUCCCAGUUCUCCAAACCAUGGCCUAUACUUCCCUCUUACCUCCCCUGGUCUGAGACCUCUGAUGUCGGAUAUAGAUCUUGUGAGGCCUAUUUUGGGAAUGGUUUCACAGAGGUCAUUGAGGUUAUCCCACCGAAGCCGGCGGCGAGAUCCAGUGGCGGCUGGUUCAGAUGCCACUACUCUCGUACUCUCCGGUGCUCUGUUUGUGAGGGUGGGAAAAUAAGGAUGGAUCCUGGGAAGAUCAGGAUGUCCAAGGGAGGGGAGAGAUUAGAGGAGGUUAUGGGGAGAGGGGAGGAGGAGGAGCUGCCUGAGUUUGAAGACGGGGCGUUUCAGGUGGAUGGCGGAAGUGGGAAGAAGCAGAGCAGGCUUGUGAGUGAGGAAUUCUUGGAUCAGUAUGUUCCUGUUGGGGGUAUCUUGAGACACACUAUGAGGGGCUUGAUCAAGUCGAUUCAAGUUGCUGAUGAAAAUGAUUUUAAUUGUGAGGAGUGGGUAGAGGAGCCUACACUUUUGGUUACACGAUUUGAGUAUGCAAACAUUUUCCACACUGUGACAGAUUGGUAUAGUGCAUACGUGUCUUCAAGGGUUACUGCUUUGCCCAAUCGGCCACAUGUGGUUUUUGUAGAUGGCCACUGUGAGGUAUGUGUUCUUUAAAUUCUCGAGUUUGUUGCUUCUAGAAGUGUUGUUGAUCAUACUUCUGUUAUAUAUCUGUGCUUGAAAUAUCUCCAGUCUUGCUUUUGGUGGUGUUGCUCAUCCUGACUCUGUUAGAGUUAUUGUUGCCUUAGUAGAUAUUAUACAUUAGUAGUGUUAACACGAAAAAACAAAUGGAACUGAGAACC